AAUUUGUUUCUGCGAUAACAAAGAGUCAUGUUGUCAUCUGGACCUUUUAUCACCUUAGGUUUCGGCAUAGUCCAAAUUGCUGGUACUUGAGAGACUGGACCAUCCACAGCUGGAUCAGACAGUGCUUAAAAUAUGAUGCACAAGACAAAGCCUUAUACACAUUAAAAAACAAGGUUCAGUAUGGAAUUUUCCCAGAUAAUUUUACAUUCAAUAUUUUAUUGGAUUGUUUUAUAAAGCAGAAGAAAUAUGAAGAUGCUAUGUCAGUAGUAACAGAGAUCAUGCUGCAAGAAAGUUUUGAUGAAUUCUCAACACAACUUCUUUCUCUCUAUGUUUUAUACCAGUACCUGGCAGCCAAGGCUGAACAUACGUGGGAAGAGGAGAGAAAUCUUGGAGCAUCGCUGUUGCUUACGGGUCUAAAGCAAACAAGCACUGUGGGUUUUAGCUCCCAGCUGUAUGGCUAUGCAUUCCUUGGGAAAGUAGAGUUGAAUAAAGGGCUUAGAGCUGUAUACAAUCUAAUGCCACUGAUGUGGACACCUGGAUACUUGAAUAGAGCCUUGCAAGUGAUGGAGAACGUGGCUUCAUCAUCGGGGGACAGCAAAAUUUGCGAAGAAGCUAUCAAUGCUCUGGAGAACGUUUUGCAGUCUGUCCUUGAAGCAAAACCUAGUGCAGAAUCAGCUGAAGAAGUAAAGGAAUUAGACCAGAAGUCACAGUGUGCAGAAUCAGAAGAAACAGAGGAGUCUAAAGUACCCGAGUACUACAGCCGAUUCAAG